CUUACGUCGAUAAUUUCCAGAAUUAACUUGUAUUUCUUCCAUUCGAAUUUAUUUAACAGUCAACCCAAUAUUUUUUAGCUUUUAUAGAUUUCAGAACAAUAUGUUAAAAUUUCUCAAAUAUUGACUUCUCUUACGGGACUCAUAUAUGUCAAUUUUAUAGACAUGAUGAGAUGUGGACUUUAUAUUUACAAUACAUUUUAAAACUUAAUUAUCUUACAUAUAACAGCAGAAUGAUAAAUUUUCUUCUUGCGAGAACUGUACCUAUUGAUGUGUCGCACAAAUCUUAAAAGUUCUAAACUUGUCAUUUAUAACGGCAAAUAUUUAUUAGUAUUCAUAUAGUAAAAAAACCUUUAGCCAAAUGCGGCAAGUCGCAAAGGGCUCUCCCUAUUGAUUCGAAUAAGAAAAAAAGUUAUUCACACUUCACACCAGUUGUCCCAAUAAAAACAUAAAAGAAAAUUUAACCGCAUCCAUUCGAUUACAAGUUGGUCGAUCCUAAGUAAUGUACCUACGAGCUUUACGUUCGGUUGGGUCGCCAUACACUAUGUGGUCCUUGCGCAUGGUUCAAGUUUUUUGUUCCCUCGUCUAAUAACUCACCAAGCUUUGAUGGCACCUCUACACCGGCGCAAAAAACGACAAAAGCUUGUAAGGUUCCCGGGCCGAGGGUCGGGGCGCGGGCUCCACAGCCGUCAGUCGACCGCGUACACGCACGCCGUGUGGUACUCCGCAUGACGAAGCACUAUACUCUCAAGUACGCUACCACAAAAACAAUCCGCAUUACAGAAACGAAAAAAAACACAGUGAAUUGGAUAAUGUUAAUACCGAAAACAACAAACAAAAGUGUUAAUAAUUACUAGAAAUGAACGAUAACAGUGUGAAUAACCAUGUAAGUGAUAAAAGCUGACGAUGUAUUAGUGAGAUGUUGGGUCCUGAGACCGUUUUGUGAAGUGGACUGUAGUAAUAAGGAUCACGACAGGAUGACGAUGAAAUCGCUGAAGUACAGCGAGCGGGACGACAUGAUGGAGGGGUUCAGCCCAGUGCCGCCGCCUCUACCCCGCCGUCAGCCAGUCAGGAACAUCUACGCCGAACCCUUCGUUGACCCUAGAUUGGGCAGCGCUGCCAUGUCUUCCGGCAUGGGUGGCGGCACCCUCGGCAGCGGCCACUGCCAACUAGCCAACCAGCCCCUAGUGAUGCCAGUGUUCCCCCUGCGCGCCAGCCAACCCAGCCCGGUGCCAGUCUACUCGCCCUCGAGGUUCCACAUAGACAAACGGUGUCAGCACCGGUGCACGUGGAAGUGUCUGGCGAUCGCCAUGAUCUGCCUAUGUGUCAUAUUGGCGGCGAUGCUCGCCUAUUUUAUUGCGUUAUCGUCAAUUAAAAGUAAUAUAGACAAUUCAAAUUGCAUCCUGGUACAAGAUGUAAAAGCGGUCACACAUGCACAAGGAAUCAGAGAUGCGCUAUCAACAUCAUCGCCAUCUGACGAAUCAAUAUCAACGUCGUCGCUAGGGGGGUGGUCAACAACUGCGGAAGCUGCAUUAGAAUCAGCUAUAAUACCACAACAAGCACAACAAGCUGCACCACCACCUUGGUCUCCAGCGCUAGAAGUGAGAGAAUUCGACGAACUCCACAGCGCAACAAUACCCGCCUACCAGUUUUGGAGUUCUGAAUUCCGAAAUAAACAACCAGCAUACGUUAGCCUUAACUUCACUGUACCAUGGGGAGCUAAUUUUGCCGUCUACGGAAGGCGAAACGUCGCUCCAAGCGUUACUCAAUAUGAUUUUGUAGAAUUUAUUCGAGGCGGAAGAGUUGACCACAGACUAAGAAGGAGAAGAAGAAGUCCACAGAGACGUGACGCUCUCGAACUUAAUCUCGACGAUUGGGAUUCAAUACUGAGCACUAUAAACCCAUUCGAAAGAUGGAACCACACGAUAAGCAAGAGAUCCACUGAUAUGAGGGUUAACGUCAGCAUAUUGCAGUAUCUUGACACGGGGCGGUGGUUUAUUUCUGUAUACAACGAUGAACUCCAACCGCAUAAUGUCGAAAUGAUUGUAUCUGAAGCCGAAGGUGUGACUAAUUCGUGCCCCGACGACUGCUCCGGUCAUGGAUCGUGCUAUCUCGGUAAAUGUGAAUGUAUGGACGGCUACGAGGGUCAUGAUUGCUCCAAAAGUGUGUGUCCCGUUCUGUGUUCUGGUCAUGGUGUAUAUGCAGGCGGUAUUUGUCAUUGUUCAGAAGGUUGGAAAGGAGCUGAAUGUGAUAUACCAGCACACGAUUGUGAACCUGCCGAUUGCUCUGGAAGGGGACAGUGUGUGGCCGGCCAUUGUCAUUGUAAAGCGGGAUGGAAAGGACAGAAAUGUGAUGAAGAGGACUGCCUGGAUCCUACUUGCGGCGGGCACGGUUCGUGCGUACGCGGGCGCUGCGUGUGCCGCGCGGGCUGGCGCGGCGCCGCGUGCAGUGAGCGUGACGCACGCGUCCAGCGGUGUCUGCCCGCGUGCUCGCAGCGGGGAGUCUACGACUUGGACGCCGGGAGAUGCGUCUGCGACCCCUUGUACACGGGCGAUGACUGUUCUCAAGUGGUGUGUUCUUUGGACUGUGGUCCGCAUGGGGUGUGCGCCGAGGGCGUGUGCCGUUGCGACGAAGGUUGGACGGGCUCCAUGUGCGACCAGCGCCCGUGCGACGUGCGCUGCCAUGACCACGGCCAGUGCAAGAACGGCACAUGCGUCUGCACGCAAGGAUGGAACGGAAAGCAUUGUACGCUACCCGGUUGUCCGAACGGUUGCUCAAGACAUGGCCAAUGCCUACUAGAAGACGGCGUCUAUCGCUGCUCAUGCUCUGAAGGUUGGGCUGGCACUGACUGCUCUAUUGCCCUUGAACUCUCCUGCAACGACAAUGAAGACAAUGACGAAGAUGGCAUGACGGACUGCUCGGACUCUGAAUGCUGCAGCCGGCCAGAGUGCGCCGAGCACAUCAUGUGCCUCUCCUCCAACGACCCCGUAGAGGUCCUCCUCCGCAAGCAGCCGCCUUCGGUUACCGCCUCGUUCUACCAACGCGUUAAGUUCCUCAUCGAAGAAAACUCAGUACAAAGUUACGCCCACAUGGACGAGUAUUCAGAGAGCCGCGUGUCGGUGAUGCGCGGGCAGGUGGUGUCGCCCCAGGGGCUGGGCAUCAUCGGCAUCCGGGUGUCCGUCGACCGCGAGGCCAGGUUCGGCUUCACGCUCACCAGGCAAGGAGGAUGGUUCGAUGUGCUGGUGAAUGGAGGAGGGGCUGUGACUCUACAGUUCCAGCGAUCGCCGUUCAAACCACUGAGGAAGACAGUCUUCGUGCCCUGGAACCAAAUCGUCGUACUGCCGCCAGUCGAGAUGGAACUCAGUGACGAGAGCGUCAAAGUUCCCACUCCAAGAGCUCCGCCACGCCUGGAUUGGUCUCCAACACCGCAGUGGUGGGAGAACGAGUCUGGUCCUUGUCCCGCGCACGACCACGAGCGGCUGCGGCCGGAAGUGGUGGCCGUACCACCGCUCGCUGCGCCCGCUGCCUCCGCUCACACACCCAACACCGUCGUGUACCCAGAAGCACAGAUCGUGAGCGAAUCCAUCGGCAUCCCUGGUUCAUCGGUGAAGUUAACGUACAGAUCGUCGCAAGCAGCGGGUUACCUCUCUUGCGUCCACGUUCAGCUAACCAGGCGUAUUGUGCCCGCGGCCCUGGCCCGAGUCCACGUGCGCGUGGAGAUCGAAGGGUCACUCCAUACACACUCGUAUGAAGCCGACCCCGACCUGACGCACGUGUUCGCGUGGAACAAGAGGAACGUUUACAAGCAGAAGGUGUACGGCCAAGCUCAAGCGAAAAUCUCCAUCGGUUACGAAUACUCAUCUUGCUCGUCCAUCGUAUGGGAGACUCAGACGGCCACACUGGCCGGCUUCGACGUAGACAUAUCCGAUAUCGGGGGCUGGGGACUUGAUAUUCAUCACCACUACAACUUCCAUGAAGGCAUUCUGCAGAAAGGCGACGGAGGUCUGCUGCAUUUGAAGCAGUACCCUAGAACCGUGCAGGUGGUGAUGGGAACAGGUCUCCAACGUUCAUUAGAUUGUCCCGACCAUUGCAAUGGAAAAGCUGCGGAUUCGAGACUACUCACACCGACUGCUCUCACGUCAGGCCCCGAUGGAUCCCUAUACGUUGGAGACUUCAACCUUGUUAGAAGAAUUACUCCCGAAGGAGUAGUCACUACCGUGCUCAGAUUAGAAACGACUCAAACCGCGUAUCAGUAUUACAUCUGCAUAUCGCCGGCCGACGGCAACCUCUACAUAUCGGACUCUGAGAGGCAUCAAGUCCGUAAAGUGCUCCUACUGGAGAAAGUCCGCGAUCCGGCGACGAACUCUGAACCAGUGGUCGGUAACGGCGACCGGUGCGUUCCCGGGGAUGACUCUAACUGCGGCGACGAAGGACCUGCUAUAAAAGCCAAGCUGGCUCAUCCUAAAGGUCUCGCUAUCGCAGCAGACAGGACAAUGUAUAUCGCAGAUGGCACUAACAUUAGAGCGGUUGAUCCAAAUGGCAUCAUUCACACGUUAGUUGGCCAUCACGGCCAUCACAAUCAUUGGUCGCCAGUACCUUGUCGAGGUGCAAUUCCACCCUACGAAGCCCAAUUGCAAUGGCCAACUGGAGUAGCAUUAUCACCGCUAGAUGGCUCCCUAUAUUUCAUCGACGAUAGAAUCAUCUUAAAACUUACAGCGGACAUGAAAAUUAAAGUAGUCGCCGGCCAACCAUCUCACUGCAGAUUGGGAAGUGACGGAAAACCUAUCACGAAGCCUACUAACAAAACUUCAGACUUCCGGGAAGAUUCUAGUUUAGGAACUAUUUUGGCAAUAUCGUUCGCGCCAAGUGGCAUCUUGUAUGUCGCGGAAUCGGAUUCGAAGAAAUCGAACACUAUAAAAUCGAUCGAUCCGUCAGGGAAAAUAAUGCAUUUCGCUGGGAAAGUGCAGGAGAAUUUGAAAGAAUUAAGCUGUGAAUGUAAUUCUUCUGUAUCCGCAACUGUUGUUCCUAUGAACGCCAGAGACGAAGGAGCAGGUUGCCCAUGUCGAUUAAGUGUAGCCGCUGGUGAUGAACCACCUACGAGUACUGAAACCCUUUUAUCUUCUAACGCUAAAUUCCAAACCAUAUCAGCAUUGGCAGUGACUCCUGAUGGAGUUCUGAAUGUAGUUGAUCAAGGUUCACUACACAUUCUGGCUUUGAAACAUUAUUUGCCAACUCACGAUGAAAAUGGAGAAUUCCGAAUACCGUAUCCACCCACAUCGGAAAUAUAUGUUUUCAAUCGCUACGGCCAGCAUAUUACAACUAAAGAUUUGACUUCUGGAAAGACGAGAUACUCAUUCCUGUAUUCAAAAAAUACUAGCUUUGGAAAGUUGUCCACAGUCACCGAUGCUUCAGGCAAUAAAAUACAGCUCCUAAGAGAUUAUAGUAACGUCGUCAGUUCUAUCGAAAACACUCAAGAUCAUAAGUUGGAGCUUAAGAUUUCCGGGAUUGGCUACCUUACAAAGAUAAGUGAAAGAGGAACUUCUGAAAUGGAAUUAGAUUAUGAUGCGAACACCGGUUUACUGAACAGCAGAUCAGGGGCUGGAGAAACCGUUAUAUACAAUUACGAUGAACUAGGGCGGGUAACCAAAAUCAUUAUGCCUUCAGGAGAACAAGUACAUAUAGCUUCUGGAUUGGCCAAAAAUUAUGGACUCGCUGUUACUGUAUCUAAUCCAUCCAGCACCAUUCCUGUAGGAGUAGCAAAGAAAUGUGAAUACGUACUACACGGACAAUCGUUCAAACAAAUCACUAUAAACAACGGUAAACAAAUUACGGAAGGGCGAAUUUACACGAAUAAUACUUUAAUGCUGGAAACACCUUGGCAAGGAAAGUUCGAGAGUAUUGCAGCUGCCAAGCACCCACUAUUAGAAGCUGCGUUACCAAUUGAAGCUGAAAUGUUACACAUGUGGUCUCAUCAAACAACUACAUUCGGCGAUGGCUUGAUAAAUAAUAUGUAUUCAUUGUACACCCUAGUAGGAGACGUAAGAAAUCCUCAGCAGACUCUAAAUCGCGAGAUAUGGGUUAACGAUUCGAGAGUUCUUAUAAUCGAGUUCGAUCAAUUUAAAAGCCGAGAAACCUUCUUCAACGCUGACAGAAACCCACUGUUCACCAUUACGUACGAUGUUGCCGGUUUACCACUUUCCUUCACUCCUCAUGGUGCAGGAGUACCCAUCAAUAUAUCAUAUGACCGGUUUUAUAGAAUCAACGGUUGGAAAUGGGGUGAAAGUGAAGAAUCGUACAACUAUGAUCAGCACGGCAUGCUUUCCGAAAUCACAAGUCCUCAAGAUGGCACGAAGUUCAUUUAUUAUAACGAGGGCAAUCUAGUCUCCAAAAUUACUUUAGCUAGUCAAAGAAGUUUCAAAUAUCUGUACGACCAAGAUGGUGGGUUAACACACGUGAUUUUGCCUUCAGGUGCAAAUCAUUCAUUUAGCGUUCAACCUUCGAUCGGAUUCUUGAGAGUUACAUACUCACCGCCAGGGUCAUCGAAAAAAUAUCUACAACAUUACUCACAUACUGGGGAACUUUUACAGACAGUAUUCCCUGGUGAUGGAGCCCGAGUCGUCUACCGUUAUUUCACUACAAAUAAAGUCUCUGAAGUAAUUCACGGCGAUGGACAAACACAAAUACACUAUUCCGAAAACAGUGGACUCCCAUCAGAAAUUCUUCAUGUUGACCGCGAUGUAGACUACCGAUGGGAAUCUACGUAUGCUGGUGGACUUUUAAUGGAAGAGAGACUUGAUUAUGGUGCUAAAACUGGCCUUAGCAAUGCUAAAAUAAUAUAUGAAUAUGACAACAAUUAUAGAAUAACUUCAGUACAAGGUAGAAUCGGUGGGCAAACACUUAUUCCCCAUCAUAUAAUUUACAACAGCAAAACAGGUGCCCCUGAAAUUUUAGGUCAAUUCACAGUAUCAAAACAGAAGUGGAAUGAGACAUCAGUUUAUGACGGAAUCGCAAUGUUUUCACGCACACUUAAUGACCAGUUCUUGGAGAAAGGAAUCACAGUUAAUAUCCACAGAAUGGAGGUCUUUAGAAUGGAGUUCUCUUAUGAUAAACACGGAAGAAUAUCUCAAACACGAACUCACACCAGGAAUGUUGGUGUAAAUACCUACACUAAUGUCAAAAAUUAUACUUGGGAUUGUGAUGGACAAUUGACAGGAGUAGAAGCCCAAGAGCCCUGGGGCUUCAGAUACGAUGAUAAUGGAAACAUGUUAUCCUUGACGUACAGAGGCAACACAAUUCCUAUGGAGUACAAUGAAAUGGAUCGAAUCAUCAAAUUCGGUGAAGGUCAAUACAGAUACGACAGCCGAGGACUUGUAUCCCAAAACGCUAGAGAAGAACGAUUCCAAUACAAUUCUAAGGGUUUGCUAAUUAGAGCAACAAAGCGUGGAAGAUUCGAUGUCCGAUAUUACUACGAUCACUUAGACAGACUAUCAACGAGAAAAGACAAUUUUGGUAAUGUGACUCAAUUCUACUACACCAAUAAAGAGAAACCACAUGAGGUCAGCCACAUUUACUCACCACGUGAGAACAGGUUCAUGACAUUAGUUUAUGACGACAGAGGACAUCUUAUCUAUACGCAGGUUGCCCGACAUAAGUAUUACAUUGCUACUGAUCAAUGCGGAACGCCAGUAAUGGUAUUUAACCAGUAUGGAGAGGGUAUAAGAGAAAUCAUGAGAUCACCCUAUGGUCACAUUGUUUACGAUUCAAAUCCAUACUUAUACUUACCAGUAGACUUCUGUGGUGGUCUCUUAGAUCAAGUGACGUCACUAGUUCACAUGGCGAACGGCAAAGUAUAUGACCCGCUAAUAGGACAGUGGAUGUCACCGCUUUGGGAAAAUCUCAUAGAAAGAAUCACGGAUCCAACUCAACUACAUUUAUACAGAUUCAAUGGAAAUGAUCCUAUCAACGUUCGGCCACAACACAAGAAACCGACAGAUCACCUGUCAUGGCUGAAGCUACUGGGUUACGACACGAAGAGUCUUGCCCCACAAUUAUAUCCUGAUGAACUACCUGGCGGUGCAGUGGUGCCGAGCAUUCCUCGUGCUCGCCCCGUGUGGGGUUCAGCUCCCACGACUCCGGGGCCCGGCAUGCCUGCCGCGAUGGCUCUACUACCCAGUGUGACUAUAGAGUCAGGCUUCCUGUCGCACAUGUCCAACAAACGCAUCGCUGACUUUAGAAGCCUGUCCAUUCCAGCCAUGUCAGCAUUAAAAACGGAAGCUUUAGACCUGGCACCGAAACGAAUCGGAUCGGAUUCAGAACCACCAUUCGGACGAGGAAUACUUGUAUCGCGCAACUCACGAGGACGCGCAGUAGUCACCGCAGUACCAUCUGCGAAUGCCAUUUACCGAGACGUAUACACCUCAGUAUUCAACCGCUCACACCUGCUGCCGUUCUCGUUCGUAGUCCACGGUGACCAGCAAGACGUUUUCUACUUCGUGAAAGAGGAAACGUGGCGGGCUGCAGACGAUAAGCAGCAGUUGAAGCGCAUGCAGGGUAAACUGAACGUGACAUUCCACGAGAUCGCGGAAGGCGGGAGGUCGUACGCUGACGUGAAAAUCCACGGACAGACGAGCGUGGUGAACUUACGGUACGGCACGAGUGCGGAGAGGGAGCGGCAACGGCUCCUGCAUCAUGCGAAGGCGGCGGCCGUUCGCAAAGCUUGGCAUCGCGAGCGAGAAGCGCUUCGUAGUGGACUCGGCGGCUCGUUAGACUGGUCUGCCGCCGAGCUUGACGAGAUCCAGAAGGCUGGUUCGGCCAGCGGCUACGAAGGCGAGUACGUGCACGACGUGGCACGCUACCCGGAGCUCGCCGAAGACCCGUAUAACGUGCGCUUCGUGAAGAAGCGGUCGGACCGCAGCGAGCGGCGGCGGCGGAAGCGCGAGGACUGCCGCGCGCCCUGGUGGCUCGCCUGGAACGAUUGCUAGUGACGUGCCGCCAUCCAUAUGCCAAAUCGUGUGUGAGUGUAAAUCGACGUGUGUGACCGAUGACGGAUGAACGCACGAGUGAUUGUGAUAUUUUUUGUAAAUAGUCUCUAUUAAUUGUUAAUUGUUGAUGUAUGUAUGUACGGUAGACGCGAAUCCCUAUCGCUAUGUAAAUAAUAAAGUUUAAUUUGCAGGGAGAGAAUGGACCUUUUGAGAGGACUGAUAUUAAAUAAAUGUAAUGUAUGUAUAAAAUAAGACGAUUUAUGUGAAUAUAAAAUUAUUUAUACUUAUUUAUUGGUAAAAAGCUUCGAUUGUGUCCAAUGUUCUUAUAAAAUUUAGAUGAAGACUAUUUGAAAGAAUAAAAAGGCAUACUUUUUUAACCAAAUCAA